AUGUCAAGUUUAGUUGAUUAUGCUGAAAGCGAUGACGAUGACAUUGAUGAAUCACAAAAUGAGGAAUGUAUUUAUGCGGAAGUAGUUUCAAAUUGUAAGAAACGUCUGACAUCCGCAAGCAAAGACGAUAGGACGACAGAUGGAUUCAGGCAGGAAGAUGGUGGUGUAGUCGAGGAAUAUGACGGUAUUACAAAUGCUGAAGGAUCAUCAAUACUGACAAAUUUGCCGCCCUCAGUACCUUUGCCUGAUAGGCCUGUACAACAGGAGAAAGAGUUAGACGACUUGGUGAAACGAAAAGAUUGGGAGCUGAAACUAGCAAAGAAAGCUGAAAGAAAACGCAAACGCUGUCGUACACUUCAUACAAAUAGUGAUUCGGAAAACCAUCAUUCAAGUAAGAAUCUCGCAGAUAACAGAAUCAAUGCAAAGAAGAUGGUCGUCAUACAAGCUUUUAGUGGAUUAAAAGGCUUAGUUGGUGAUGGAAAGCAGAGAGAGUCUGAUAUGCAACCGAGUCAUUCGAUGGCAGCUUCUUCAUCUACUAAUCUCCUCGCAGUCUUACCUGAACCUAAGAAUGCUUCAAAAAUUGCAAGAAAGUCUAAUCUUUUCAUGUCCAACCGUAAACAUUCCACAGGAAAUGCUAAAAUGCCUGGAAUCCCCACUGUCGGAGAGAUUUCGAAAGAAACAAAAUUUGCUGAAGAAUUUGACGAUGCGUCUGAUGAAGAUCAUGAUUCAACAGACUUCUUUGGUCUCAAAGCAGUUGAUGAUCCUCCUGUGGUAUCGAAUAUUACAACUGUCUCAAAUAUUUCACGUAACAAAAAACUUGAACAGGCCGAACUAACAGAUGAUGUAAAAGUUGAAAAUAAUAUACCUGCUUUCGUUUCUCAUCCAGAAGUUACCGCUGAGUGUUAUGACACAUCUACCUCCACUACGUUACCUGGAGCUAUUGAUGACAAUCAAGCUUUAUGUAUGAUUUAUUCGCAAGAUGUUGCACAUUUGGGUGGCACAGUUUCCAACGCUGCUAAGGCCGUGGAAAAUAUGGUCGAUGUUAGUGUUGAUAAGGUUUUGGGCCCAAAUGUGCAUGCGACGCUUCUCAAAAGUCUUCAUAACAAAUCGCUUGCUGAAGCAACUUUAUCACAUCUUGCUAACAUACCGAAAAGUAAAGACACUGUUAACAUGUUGGCACGACGAAAACAUCAGAUCACAUAUCUUGCCAGUAUCGCAGUAGCUAGAGAAGAACAGCUUGCUGAGCAGUGGUCUGUUAAUCGGCAUAAUAAGCGAACGUCGGCAAGAAAAUAUGGAUUCUAA